AUGAAACAAGCAAAAUUUUAUUUAAUUUUAUUCGACUUAAUUUACUCAAUUUCUUGUUCAUCAUGGUGUAUUGAUGAGCCGGCUUACAAUCGCUUAGUUAAAUAUUAUUAUGAUGAAAAAUCAAAUAUGUGCCUCGCAUUUCGUAGCGAUUGCUUACAGUCGAAAUUAAUUCUUUAUGAUACAUUAAAAGAAUGUUCAACUUCCAGAAUGCCGCAUCAUGCAAAAAAAAUAACGUUAUCUUGCGCGCAAAAUCAGUAUAUUUUAAGUAGUUCCAAUGAUAAUAUACCGAUUCCUUACGUAUUUAGUAGUAUCUAUUGUCAAAAUGAUGGAAAAUCGGAAUUCUGCUCACAUAUUGAUGGCGAAUAUUGUCAUAGCUUUAAGCCAUAUGCGUAUUGUUGUGUCGAUAAUAUUAAUGGUGAAACUAAAUAUGCAGGCUUCAAAAAAUUUUGCGGACAUUCAGUUUUAGAGCAAGAAAGUGAAUUCCCGAAACCUGCACCAGUUAAUUGCAAUUUAGAUGGCAAACGAACGGGAAUCGAGUGGUAUGCGAAUACAAAUAAGUCUGAUUAUCCUACUUGUUUCGCUCGACGUGAUCAUUGUCGUACACCUGGUACUAAGCGUAUAAAAAAUAUUCAAACAUAUCGUACUGCUCAAGAUUGUAUGAAUAAAGAAUUUCGUAGGGCAAAUCAUUCAGUGAAAUAUGUGUUGAGAUGCAGUAAAGGUUAUGGUAUAGUAAAAUAUAAAGGCGAACCAAUAAUAGCGCGUGGUGAUGAAUGCCGUGGAAUAUACGAUUCUGAUUUGUGCGAUAGGAAUGAACUUUGUUUCGGCAAUACAAAUUUCAAAUAUUGUUGCAAUAGAAAAUCGGAAGAAAAUGAAGUAACACAUAAAUUCACUGGAAAGAAUUUCAUGGCAAGCAUGACGAAUAAUCGUCGCCGCUAA